AUGUCAUCGGGCGGCAGUUUCACCGCGAUCCCCACGAUCGACCUCUCUUUCCCUGACGACCCCGCAUCUGAAGCCAAGCUGCUGGACCAACUUCACCACGCACUCGUCAACGUCGGGUUCCUUUACGUUGUGAACCACAGCGUGCCCGCAAAAAUCGUCACAGAUGUUGUCGAAGCUCUGCCAAAGUUAUUCGCGCUGCCAGCAGAAGCGAAAGAUGAGAUCGCGCUCAGGAACUCACCCCAUUUUCUGGGGUACAGCAGUGACGGUUCGGAGACCACGGCGGGGAAAGCCGAUCGCAGGGAGCAGGUCGAGUUCGCGACGGAGCUUGAGGAUGGAUGGAGUGCGGAUUUGCCUUUGAGAGAACGCUUGAGGGCCCAAAUCAGGUCAGAGCCGCGACCACGUCCAUAA